UUCUUGUGGGCCUUGCCAUGUCCAGUGCCUCUGGACUGGCUCCUCUGCCCACUGCAACUUGUCUGCUUCAAGGUGUCCCUUGGCCACCUAGAGGUGGCAGGGGUGCCUUCCCCAUGGCGUGGGGGGUUAGAUCCAUCCCCGGGGAGAGAGGGACUGCAGAAAGACUGACGUGACCGUUUUCCUCCUUGCAGACCCUGGAUGCCGUGGACGUCCUGCUGGAGAGCUUGGUGCUCAGCUCCCCGGGCUCCAGGGACCUGUGGAGAAUUUUGCAGAUGCUGCUGCCCUUCAUCAACAUCAAGCACCCAGCUGUGUGUGAACGGGCCGUGGCAAGGAUCGCAAAGCUGGCCGAUUUGAUGGCCAGCUCUUCCUCAGUGCAGGUCUGGAGCUUGCUUGGACACGACCACAGCUCUUCCCACCAUGACAUCAGCAAGGACUGCUUGCUGGGACAGCUGCUGGGACGUCUCAUUGUUUGCUGGACUAGCAAGAUCUGGGCGAUCCAGCAGGAGGCUUUGGUUGCUCUUCAUCACCUCUCCAUAUUCAUCCAGCACCAAAAAUGCAUGACGUCACCUCAACCAGACAAUUGUCAUGAUCAUCCAGAGCAUCCCCAGGCUGGAGGGAAGAGGGAAGCAGGGAAACCCUCCUGUCUUUCUCUGUGCAGCACGAGGAGCAUGGCAAAGGCAUUUGGGGAAUACCUCCACCCUGCUGAUAAGACAGUCAUCAUCCUCAGGGCCAUACAGGCCAUGAGAGACCCAUGUGUAUGUGACAAGGAGGAGCUGAUCAGCAUCCUGAACGUGGCCAUGACAGAACCUGCCUCCUGGCUGACAGAGGUGCGGAUCAUCACGCGCUGCAUCUAUAACAACUUGCAGCACAUCAGCGCAGCAUCAGCCCGGUGCAGCCUGAAGUCGCUGUUUCUAAGCAUGGCACAGCAGAAGCCCAGGGAGAUGAUCUUGAGCCUUAUAGAUAUCUCUCCAGCAUGUAACAGCAAAGUUGCUCAGGCCAUGUGGGAAGCGCUGCUGUCCCAGCCCCUCAUCUUGGUGAAGGUCUUGAGGGAGCUGAGAAGGAACCUCCAGCACCUGCAGUUACGUAUCAGACACGGAUUCUGCAGAGUGAAGUUCUGUAUCCGGCUCUUGGCUCUCCUGGCCUGCAGCGAUGUGACACCAGAGGAAUUCGCUGGGGUGUACAACAGGGAGAAGUUCCCGUGGUGUCAAAAUGUGGUGCUGUUCUCGCUGACGCUCACAGGCCUCAUCACGUUGUCACAGUCACCUGACACGGUGAGCAGGGCAUAG